AUGGGUGAUGAAGUUCAAUCGUCUAUUAUGCUUCCUGUAUCGAACAGCAAUGACGAAAAUCGUGAACUUGUUGGAUUAAAAUUGAAACGUUUUGAAAAUGAACCAAGUGUGAGUGUUGUGAAUGGUAUGUCAGACAAUGACAUAGAUGAUGAUCCUAAAGACAAGAAACUCUUGCGUAAACUUGAUCUUUAUAUCAUACCUACUAUGACAUUACUUUACUUGCUCAGUUUUCUCGACCGAGUUAAUAUUGGACAAGCCAAACUAAAUGGUCUGACGGCAACAUUGAAUCUCUCGAGCAUACAAUACAAUAAUUGUUUGAGCGUAUUCUUUAUAACUUAUAUUUUAUUCGAGAUUCCAUCGAAUUUAGCACUGAAAAAAUUUCGACCAAGUCGAUGGAUACCAUUCAUUAUGGUUGCUUGGGGUUUUGCAACAACUUUUAUCGGCUCUGUUAAUUCUUACAGUGGUCUUAUCAUUUGUCGACUUAUAUUAGGUGCGGCGGAAUCAGGCCUAUUUCCAGGAAUCAACUAUUACCUGUCAAGCUGGUAUAAAAGACGUGAAAUAUCGUGGCGUGUUAGUAUUCUUUUCUGCGCUGUGUCACUAGCUGGUACAUUUGGUGGUAUUCUUGCCUAUGGAAUCAAUCAUAUGCAUGGUUUAUGGGGUCAAGAAGGUUGGCGUUGGAUUUUUUAUGUUGAAGGCUCAAUCACUGUCGUCAUUGGAGCAUUCUCUUAUUUUUUUAUUAAUGAUUUUCCAUCGGAUCGACCAAAGUUUCUUACUGAAAAUGAAUGUAAUCGUGUCAUUGCUCGUUUACGUACGGAUGCCGGACCGGGUGCUAGCGAGCAUUUUAGUUGGGCUCAAGUUGGUUCGGCAUUUUUAGAUUGGAAAUUAUACGUUUGGUCAUUAUGUGGCAUCACUAUAACUAUACCAUUUCUUUCACUCGGUCUCUUCUCUCCGACCAUUAUCGCUAAUCUAGGUUUUGUUACUUAUCAAGCACAACUUCUCACUGCUCCACCAUAUGCUUUUGCAUUUAUUACUACAAUGAUCACUGCCUAUUUCUCUGAUAAAUAUGCUCGUCGUGGUAUCUUCAUCAUGUUCUGGUCGAUAUUUAGUACUAUUGCUUAUAUAAUUCUUAUUUUGGUCGAUAAUUUUGCCUUAAAAUAUUUCGCUAUUUUUAUUGCAGUUGGUGGAUUGUCACCAUGUACGGCAAUAUGUAUCAGCUUUCUCUCGUGUAAUGUUAGUCCUCAUAUGAAACGAGCCACUGCACUAGCAUUCAUGUUGUCUAUGUGUAAUGUUGGAGGAGUUAUCGGUGGUCAAAUUUAUAGAUUUCAAGAUGCACCUCGUUUCAUAAUGGGUCAUUCUAUCAAUCUUGUCUGUUGUAUUUUGAGUUUUAUUACUGCUGCUUUUCUCGUUACUUAUCUUCAUAUGGAAAAUCGACGACGUGAUCGUGUAUACGGAAAAGUCACAAGCUAUACACUGACGAAUGACAACACGGACACGGUAGACAUAUUUGGUUUGGGUAGCGUCGAAGAUCGACAACGAUGGGGUUAUGAAAACAUGUCUGAGAAUAAAAUUCGUAAUUUAGGCGAUAAACAUGCUACAUGGCGAUAUAUAUUAUAA